GUUUGCUCGAGUGCUGUGCCAGAUGUCUCAUCGGGGCACCCUUUGCUUCACUGGUUGCCACUGGCUUGUGCUUCUUUGGGGUAGCGCUGUUUUGUGGCUGUGGGCACGAAGCCCUCACAGGCACCGAGCAGCUCAUUGAGACCUACUUCUCCAAAAACUACCAGGACUACGAAUAUCUCAUCGAUGUGGUUUCACCCUCUGUUUCGGUCCCCCGGGGUGGCAUGGGGAAGACCGCCAUCGGCGGCGGGGGCUGCAGCGCAACGGUAACUGGGGGCCCGAAAGGGAGGGGAGCGCGAGGCCCCCAGCGAGCUCACUCAUUGCAGCGGGUGUGUCAGUGUUUGGGAAAGUGGCUAGGACAUCCUGACAAG